AUGAACAUGGAAAAAGAAGACAACCCCACUAAUAUCCUACAGGCAAGACUAGUUGAGCGCUACUGGGCAGAAAUAGACCGACGGCUGGGCCUCUUCAAAACCCCUGCUGAAAAUUUGGAUGAAUUAUCUCGCCGAGUAAAGAAAGUGGUCAAGGACAUUCCCAAAGGCUACGUCCAAGAGCUUAUGUGUGCCCUGCGAACUAAACUGCGCCGCAUCAGUGACUCUGACGUGGACUCUAAGGAAAAGGAAGAGCUAAUGAAGAAAGGAAAGUCAAUGGAUUUGUUUUGGUCUUACCUCCCGUCUGGAUACAAAAACCUCGAGAAGGAAUUCUCACCUCAUCGCAGGAUACAGAGAGACUUCGCAAAGUCUAGGAUCAGAAUCAAGUAAGUUAGGUACUUCUCCUGUAGGAGGAUAGAAUCCUGCAAUACUUUUUGUCUUAGAAAUCCUAUAGGACUCCUAAAGGUUUUUUAUUUUUUAUUACAAGGAAUCCUUUAGGAACCUUAACAGCCACAAGCCUUCGUAGAGUCCUAUAUUUAUGAGGUGCUUCAGUGAAAUGAUAGAGAAUCUGUGUUCACAUUCCUCUUUUUCUUCUUUUCAUUAUGUGAUUGGUGUUUUCAGAAGAGCCUUAUGCUCAUGGGCAAAAAGUGUGAUAGUGACUUAACAAAAUUCGAGGGGCUACAGUUCGUUUGAAGCCCGAAGAGAAACUUCGCGAAGGCCAGUCAUACAUAUUAGAUCGACACCUUGGUCACCAGAGAUUGUGAAGGUAUAAAAUCUCACUAAUGGCAUUUUGAUAUUCCUGGAGAGCAUCCUUGUAUGCACCGCGAGACUGGAAUCGCUGCCCGAGUUUGAUGUGCUCCACGGCUUCCUCUGCCUUCGAAGACUUCCAACCUGAUGACAACUCUUGGGAAUGACUGGGAAUGACAGGAGA